CGCGAUUGGCAGGGAAAACUUUUUUUCCGCAUCUCUCCCCCUUGGAUCUUUGCGACGUGCGAGCGCGAACAAAAACAAUCCGCCGGGGGAUAUAUAAGUGAUCCAACAGGGUACACGAGAUUGUAGUCAGUCCACAGUACCGACAAGAGAUCGCAAGCACUUGGAGCAACAUGUUUAAGCUGGUCAUUCUUCUCGCGGCUGUCGCCUACGCAUCCGCCACCGGCCUCUACUCCGGAUACGGAGGACUUUACGGAUACGGCGGUUACGGCUACGGCGGCUACGGCUUGGGUCAUGGAGUAUACGCACCAUACGCUCCAGUUGCGACCAGCUACGCCAAUACGUACAAGGUCGCCGUAGCUCCACCUAUCACCAAGCUCGCCGUUGCACCCAUCACGAAAGUCGCGUAUACCGCACCCAUCACCAAGGUGGCCUACGCUCCGACUUACUCUGCGCCAGCGUUAAGCUAUGGCCACUAUGGAUACUCGAUCCCACCAUCGGUCACCUAUCUGCAGAAUAAUCUUGGAUACGGUCACGGUCUUGGAUAUGGUCUCGGCUAUGGCUACGGACUUGGCUAUGGCCACGGUUAUGGAUACGGUGGAUACGGUGGACACGGUGGAUACGGUGGAUACGGUGGAUACUACCACUGAGCAGAACCGCCGAGAACUCUCGGGGAAUAAAUGUUCUUCGACAAGUUCGAUUGUAAAAGGCUGACGACGUAACCUAUCGUAUUGCCAAACAUUGUCAUCAGCUAUGUACAUGAUGUUUAUAAUACACAUUUUCAUCUUUUA